UCAGUGAUUUCCUGGAGAGCAGAGACCGUUCAACCCAAGCUUAGCUUGCAUAUGGGCAUCUCCCUUCCAACUUGUGGCAAAGGAUUUAUCACCCUGCUCUAGGCGGGAAGGGGAGGUCAAUAAAAUUAAUCAGCUCCCCCCUUCUCCAACCGCACCCCACCCCAUCCCAGCGGCAGGCUGCGGUUCGGUGCCAUCCGGGGUGACUUGCAAAUUCUGGGCGCACACUUUGCUAGGAAACAGGGGGGAAAGCCUGAAAUGCCAAAACACCCGCGGCUGCAGGCCCCUCGAUUUAACGGAGAGACUAAGUUCUCUAUAGAAACACCCACAUUUGUAUGGAUGAUUGGGGAAAGAUAGUGGCAGCAGACAAGGGCAAAGCAUCCUGACCUUCUGAGAAAAUGAGCAUGCUAAAACCCAGCGGGCUGAAGGCCCCUACCAAGAUCCUUAGGCCUGGAAGCACAGCCUUGAAGACACCUGCUGCUGCUGCAGCUCCAGUGGAGAAGACAAUACCCAGUGAAAAAGCCUCUGGCCCUCCAUCCUCCGAGACCCAAGAGGAAUUUGUAGAUGACUUUCGAGUUGGAGAACGUGUUUGGGUAAAUGGGAAUAAACCUGGAUUUAUCCAGUUUCUCGGGGAAACUCAAUUCGCACCAGGCCAGUGGGCUGGGAUUGUUUUAGACGAACCCAUAGGAAAGAACGACGGCUCGGUGGCAGGAGUGCGGUAUUUCCAGUGUGAACCUUUAAAGGGUAUAUUUACCCGACCUUCAAAGCUAACAAGGAAGGUGCAAGCAGAAGAUGAAGCCAAUGGCCUGCAGACAGCUCCUGGGAGAGCUGCUUCACCUCUGUCCACUGCGGGAGCCACCAUGGUGUCCUCUUCUCCAGCCACUCCCUCAAAUAUUCCCCACAAACCUUCCCAGUCAACGGCAAAAGAAACUUCAGCUACACCUCAAAUUAGCAACCUUACGAAAACAGCCAGUGAGUCAAUCUCCAACCUUUCAGAGGCUGGCUCUGUCAAGAAGGGAGAGCGAGAACUCAAGAUCGGAGAUAGGGUGCUGGUUGGUGGCACUAAGGCUGGUGUAGUCCGGUUCCUUGGAGAGACCGACUUUGCCAAGGGGGAAUGGUGUGGUGUGGAAUUAGACGAGCCUUUGGGGAAGAACGAUGGUGCUGUUGCUGGAACAAGGUAUUUUCAAUGUCAACCCAAGUACGGAUUGUUUGCUCCUGUCCACAAAGUGACAAAGAUUGGCUUCCCUUCUACUACCCCAGCCAAAGCCAAAGCUGCUGCUGUGAGGCGGGUGAUGGCCACCACGCCCGCCAACCUGAAACGAAGCCCUUCCGCCUCCUCCCUCAGCUCCAUGAGCUCUGUGGCCUCCUCUGUGAGCAGCAAGCCCAGCCGAACAGGACUAUUGACUGAAACCUCUUCCCGCUACGCCCGCAAGAUCUCGGGCACCACUGCCCUCCAGGAGGCGCUGAAGGAGAAGCAGCAGCACAUUGAACAGCUGCUGGCUGAGCGGGACCUGGAGCGGGCCGAGGUGGCCAAGGCUACCAGCCACGUGGGGGAAAUAGAGCAGGAGCUAGCCCUGGCCCGAGAUGGGCAUGACCAGCAUGUCCUGGAACUAGAGGCCAAGAUGGACCAGCUACGAGCCAUGGUAGAAGCUGCUGACAGGGAGAAGGUGGAGCUCCUCAACCAGCUGGAAGAGGAGAAGAGGAAGGUUGAGGACCUUCAGUUCCGAGUUGAAGAAGAAUCAAUUACCAAAGGCGAUCUUGAGACGCAGACCAAACUGGAGCAUGCCCGCAUUAAGGAGCUUGAACAGAGCCUGCUCUUUGAAAAGACCAAAGCUGACAAACUCCAGAGGGAGUUAGAAGACACUAGGGUGGCUACAGUAUCAGAAAAGUCCCGAAUAAUGGAACUAGAAAAGGACCUAGCGUUGAGAGUACAGGAAGUAGCUGAGCUCCGACGAAGGCUAGAGUCCAGUAAACCUCCUGGAGACGUGGAUGUGUCUCUUUCUCUUUUGCAAGAAAUAAGUGCUUUGCAAGAAAAGCUAGAAGCCACACAUACUGACCACCAGAGCGAACUGACUUCUCUGAAGGACCACUUUGGAGCUCGGGAAGAGAUGUUUCAGAAGGAGAUCAAGGCUCUGCAUACUGCCACGGAAAAGCUUUCCAAAGAGAACGAGUCCUUGAGAAGCAAGCUUGACCACGCCAACAAAGAAAACUCAGAUGUGAUAGCUCUGUGGAAGUCCAAACUGGAGACCGCCAUCGCAUCCCACCAGCAGGCAAUGGAGGAGCUGAAGGUGUCCUUUAGCAAAGGGAUCGGAACGGACUCGGCCGAAUUUGCUGAGUUAAAGACACAAAUAGAGAGACUGAGACUAGAUUACCAGCACGAAAUAGAAAGUUUACAGAGUAAACAGGACUCUGAACGAUCUGCUCAUGCUAAAGAGAUGGAGGCCAUGAAGGCCAAGCUGAUGAAAAUCAUUAAAGAGAAGGAGGACAGCCUGGAGGCCAUCAAAGCAAGACUGGACAGUGCAGAAGACCAGCACCUAGUGGAAAUGGAGGACACGCUAAACAAACUCCAGGAAGCAGAGAUAAAGGUAAAGGAGCUAGAGGCUCUGCAGGCCAAGUACAGUGAACAGACCGAGGUCAUUGGUAAUUUUACAUCGCAGCUCAGUGUUGUUGAAGAAAAGCUCUUGGAUCUUGAUGCACUUCGGAAAGCCAAUUCCGAAGGUAAAUUGGAACUGGAGGCACUUAGACAGCAGCUUGAGGGAGCUGAAAAUCAGAUUAAAAAUUUAGAGAUGGAAAGGAACGCUGAAAGUAGUAAGGCUAAUAGCAUUACCAAAGAGCUCCAGGGGAAAGAGCUCAUGCUCACUAGUCUGCAGGACAAUUUGAAUGAAGUCAAUCAAGUGAAGGAGACUUUGGAGAAAGAACUUCAGACUUUGAAAGAAAAGUUUGCCAGUGCUUCAGAGGAGGCAAGCGCUGUUCAGACAAGUAUGCAAGAUACUGUGAAUAAACUGCACCAAAAGGAGGAACAGUUUAACACGUUGUCUUCUGAACUGGAGAAGUUGAGAGAAAAUUUAACAGACAUGGAGGCAAAAUUUAAAGAGAAGGAUGAACGAGAAGAUCAGCUGGUAAAGGCAAAGGAGAAAUUAGAAAAUGACAUUGCAGAGAUAAUGAAGAUGUCAGGAGACAACUCUUCUCAGCUGACAAAGAUGAAUGAUGAGUUACGUCUGAAGGAAAGAUCUGUAGAAGAACUGCAGCUCAAACUUACAAAGGCUAAUGAAAAUGCAAGCUUUCUGCAGAAAAGUAUUGGGGAAGUAACUCUUAAAGCUGAACAGAGUCAACAGGAAGCAGCCAAAAAACAUGAAGAGGAAAAGAGAGAAUUGGAGAAAAAAUUGUUGGAACUGGAAAAGAAGAUGGUAACAAGCCACAACCAGUGUCAGGACCUGAAAGCCAAGUAUGAAAAAGCCAGUUCUGAGACUAAAACAAAGCACGAAGAAAUCCUGCAGAACCUUCAGAAGAUGCUGGUGGACACAGAGGAUAAACUGAAGGCUGCUCAGGAGGCGAACAGAGACCUGAUGCAGGACAUGGAGGAGCUGAAAACCCAGGCCGACAAAGCCAAGGCUGCUCAGACUGCAGAAGACGCCAUGCAGAUCAUGGAACAGAUGACCAAAGAGAAAACAGAAACACUGGCCUCUUUGGAGGACACCAAGCAAACAAAUGCAAAACUACAGAACGAAUUGGACACACUUAAGGAAAACAACUUGAAAACUGUGGAGGAGCUGAGCAAGUCAAAAGAGCUUCUGAAUGCAGAGAACCAGAAAAUGGAAGAAUUCAAGAAAGAAAUAGAAACCCUAAAGCAGGCAGCAGCUCAGAAGUCCCAGCAGCUUUCAGCACUGCAAGAAGAGAACGUCAAACUUGCCGAGGAGCUGGGGAGAACUCGGGAGGAAGUCACAAGUCAUCAAAAGCUGGAAGAAGAACGAUCUGUCCUCAAUAAUCAGUUGUUAGAAAUGAAAAAGAGAGAAUCUGAGUACAGAAAAGACGCUGAUGAAGAGAAAGCUUCCUUGCAGAAAUCCAUCAGCCUCACCAGUGCCUUACUCACAGAGAAGGACGCAGAACUGGAGAAGCUGAGGAAUGAGGUCACAGUGCUCAGGGGAGAGAACGCCUCCGCCAAGUCCCUGCAUUCAGUUGUGCAGACGCUGGAGUCUGAUAAGGUGAAGCUUGAGCUCAAAGUCAAAAACUUGGAACUCCAACUCAAGGAGAAUAAGAGGCAGCUCAGCAGCUCCUCAGGUAAUACUGAUGCUCAGGCAGAAGAAGAUGAGAGAGCCCAGGAGAGUCAGCAAAUGAUUGAUUUCCUCAACUCAGUAAUAGUGGACCUUCAAAGAAAGAAUCAAGACCUCAAGAUGAAAGUGGAGAUGAUGUCUGAAGCUGCGCUCAACGGCAAUGGAGAGGAUCUGAACAGUUACGACAGUGAUGACCAGGAGAAGCAGUCCAAAAAGAAACCCCGCCUCUUCUGUGACAUUUGUGACUGCUUUGAUCUCCAUGAUACAGAAGACUGCCCCACCCAGGCACAGAUGUUGGAAGACCCUCCCCAUUCCACUCACCAUGGCAGCCGGAGCGAGGAGCGGCCAUACUGUGAGAUCUGUGAGAUGUUUGGGCACUGGGCAACCAACUGCAAUGAUGACGAGACCUUCUGAGGAAGCCGGGGGGCAGGACUGGGCUCCGCAGAUGCUGGCACCUCAGCAGCUUCCACCAGCAGUGCGUGUGCAACUUCCAGGAACUUAUUUUUUGACCCCUGUCAACAAAUCUGAGAAAAUAUUUUGAUUUUCAACAAAUUUCGCUUUCAUUUCCUCUCGUAAGUUAAAAUAAUAAAUAUUUGGUAGGUGGGCUUGCACUUCCAUCCUUGUUUUUCUGGAUUUUUAAGGUUUAAGACAUUGUACCAGGUGCAGUUACUUCUUGGUCCUAGAGAAACACUCUGGGACAAGCUGGACCCUGGCAGCAUCUUAUUUAAGAAACUUUAAAUUAUGCUGUUAACUCUCAUAUUUGCACUAAAAUGUAUCUUGGCUACGUCUGUAUAUUUAGGUUGUUGUUGUUAUGCUUUGACACUGGAACGAGUUACAAAAGCAAAAAAAAAAAAAAAAAAAAAAAAAACAAAACUGCGCCACUUUGCAAUUUCACAUCCUCAUUUAAAUACUUUUACUCCUAAAUAUCCAAGCUCUCCGCACUGCCUGCUCUCAGCAGUGCUUUUUCCAGGCUUGACAGUACUUAGGUGUGAUUAUAAAUCAUGAAACAGGUAAAAGGGAGGGGAAAGCCCAAACUGCUGUGGGGACAUUUUCUAAUCUUAUAUGCUGCACCCAUGAACCGACAGUGGUGUUUUCUUUAUUGGUUUUACAUAAUUUCAACCUCUAUAUAUUAUAUGUAUAUAUAUAUUUUUUAAAAAAUCUAUAUUUUGGGAAAAAGUAUAUACAAUGUGUCUUCUUUUCAGAUUUUUUUAUCUUUAUGAAAAAGGAAACACCUAAAAGCUCAUCAGGAUGUGACUGACUGGGCCAGAGAUGGGCUCUGUGGUGUCACAGCUGUUGUCUGUGUCCCCAUGCUGUUCCUCCAGAUCUGAGUAGCUGCAAGAGUGGUCUCUGGCUCUUUGGUUGUGUUUCCCUCCUUUAGCAGAUAACCCCAGCAGCAGAGCAAGCCACUCCUAAGACAGCUAAGUUAACUGAUCUACAACCCUCCUUUAUACAUUUGUGGAUUUUUUUUUUUUUUACUGUAUUUUUAAUGAAUGUAUGAUAAGAAAUUCAACAUGAAUAAUUUUGAAUUUUCUUAUCACAAAAAGAUAAAACAAAGGACCUCAACCAACUGCAGAGUUUAUCAGCCAGUCUGAGUCUGUCUGUCUUCACUUGAAUGUCUUUGAAAAUUUGUAAAAAGGAAUCACAUGCACCUCCAUGCAGCGUGCAGGACAAGAACGUCUAUCAUUGUAUAUAAGCCUUUGCCCUGUCCCCCCUUAAGAUUAUCCACUGUGCUUGAUGAGUGAACAGUCAACAAAUCUGUUGCCAGUUGGCAUUUUGGGUUAAUAAAACUAUAGGAAUUAUUUCACAAACAAAAUAUGUAAAGCAGUAUUAAAAUCUGAGUUCUGUAUCUACUUUAAUAAAUGUUUCGGGUUCUUUUUUGUUCUUUGUUUUUGCCAGUGGUAGUAAACACAUAUUAUUCUUAGGA